AUGGAUAACAUAUCAACGGGAAAAAACAUUUAGAAUUUUGGGAUAUUUUAUACAGAAAAUAUAAAAGGAACAUUUUAACUUGUUGCAUAAAUUAAAUUGAUUAUUUUUAAGUGGUUUGGCUCUUAUGAUGAAAAUUGUAGUGGUAAUAAAAUUGGGUAGUGGAUUGAGUUAAGCGAUGAGUUUAAGUGGAGAUAAGAGGUCACUAAUCAUGGUAUAUAUAAAAAUAGAAAUAAGAUUGGCAAGUGUCAUAUAUCUUAUAAUAAGGAUGAUUAAGAUAAUAUAUGUAAAUUUAUGUAAAAUUGUCUAAAUGUAGAAUUUAUUUAGUGAUGGUCGAUCAUACCAUGAAGGCAGUAAUGGCACCAAGAUUGAAAAGUGGAAUGAAUUAAACGAUGAAUUUGGGCAGAGAUGAAAAGUCAUUCGUAAUGGUGAAUAUGAAAAUGGUGAAAAAGUUGGUAAUCAGAAGGUGUUACUUUUGCAGUUAAAUUAUAUAUUUUUGA